GUUCGUUGAGAGACUAGAGAUUUGGCUCUUUGAUUUCCCCAUUUAGAUGAAUUCAACUCCGUUCGGAACCAUUUCUUCCUGAAAUCUAGGGUCUGAAACCCUAAUCCAUACGUUUCUGCUUCAGAUUGACUAUUGGCACAUUCCUUUCGUGCAUCGCCGGGUUUGCUGAUCUGUGAUUCGAAGAUGGUGGAGAACGGAUCGAUUGAGGUUCCGUACCCGCCUGAAGAAGAAAGGCGGAUUGUACAGGAGCUCACGGCCAAGGCCGAGUCUAAUCUGGCAGAGGGAGACUUGUUUUAUGUUAUAUCUAGCAGGUGGUUUUCUGCAUGGCAAAAGUAUACAGGGCUCUCUGUUGGGGCUAAUCCUAUUGAAAAACCUAUGAUAGCACCAGAUACUUGUGAGAGACCUGGUCCAAUUGACAAUGGUGAUAUUAUCGUAGGAGGGAGUGAUAAUAAGUGUGAUGAUCCACAACUUCUUAGAACAUUGCUAGAGGGACGUGAUUAUGAGUUGGUUCCUAAAGAAGUAUGGGAGAUUCUUUUUCAGUGGUACAACGGAGGACCAGCUUUACCCAGGAAGGUGAUUUGUUUGGGUGAUAACCAGCAGUUAACCAUAGAGGUGUAUCCACUAUGUCUCAAUAUAAUUGAUUCCAACGACAAGAAUGAAAAGGUCUUAAGAUUGAGUAAGAAGGACUCUCUACACACGCUUUAUGAAAGAGUUUGUGGUCUCAAAGGGAUUUUGCUGGAAAGGGCCAGGAUCUGGGAUUAUUUCAAUAGAAAGAAGUGUAAACUGCUAUCUGAUUCGAACCUAACCCUAGAAGAAGCUGAGUUGCAGAUGGACCACGAUAUUCUUCUUGAGGUUCAAGCUGAAGGAUUUCAGCCUCCCAGUUAUGACAUGGAUUCUACAGGAAACAACAUGGCAUUAGUUCCAGUAGAACCCUUGAGGUCAUCUGUUACCAUUGCAGGUGGUCCGGUUUUGUCCAAUGGUUUCUCCAAUAGGUAUACCUCCGAUAUAUACCAGCAGAGUUCUUCAAGGUUUGCAUUAGGUGGUGUGGAGGAUGGAUAUGAUGACCUGAGAAAUACUUCAAAAGGAGAGAGCAGGGGCUUAGCUGGGCUGCAGAACUUGGGAAAUACAUGCUUUAUGAAUAGUGCUCUACAGUGUUUAGCUCAUACACCUCCACUUGUUGAGUACUUCUUGCAAGAUUACAGUGAAGAGAUCAACAAGCAUAAUCCUCUAGGAAUGCAUGGUGAGCUUGCACUUGCAUUUGGUGAGCUAUUGAGGAAACUAUGGUCCUCUGGUCGGUCAUCAAUUGCUCCUCGUGCAUUCAAAGGAAAACUUGGUCGCUUUGCCCCACAAUUUAGUGGAUAUAACCAGCAUGAUUCACAGGAACUUCUUGCUUUUCUCCUGGAUGGGUUGCAUGAAGACUUGAAUCGUGUUAAACAAAAACCUUAUUUCGAAACUAAAGACUCUGAUGGCCGCCCAGAUGAAGAGGUUGCAGAUGAGUUUUGGAGAUACCACAAAGCUAGAAAUGAUUCUGUAAUAGUUGAUGUUUGCCAGGGUCAGUAUAAGUCAACAUUGUGCUGUCCAGAUUGCAAAAAGAUCUCAAUUACAUUCGAUCCAUUCAUGUACUUGUCCUUGCCUCUUCCUUCAACGGUCACCAGGAUAAUUACAGUGACAGUGUUUUAUGGUGAUGGAGGUGGCCUUCCAAUGCCAUAUACAGUUACUGUACCAAAACACGGUUGCCAUAAAGAUCUCUUACAAGCUUUAGGAACAGAAUGUUGUUUACAGAGUGAUGAAUAUUUGUUGCUUGCUGAGGUUUAUCAACAUCGAAUAUUCCGAUACUUGGAGAACUCUUCUGAUCCGUUGCACUCAAUUAAAGAUGAUGAUCAAAUUGUUGCAUACAGACUUCCCAAAAGAGCGGCAAGAUUAGCGAAACUGGAGGUUUGCCACCGAUUCAUUGAUAAAGGUAUCAUGGGCAGAUCAAAAGCUGGAGAGUGGAAGCUCUUCUUGACACCACUUAUUACUUUCAUGGAGGAACCAGUGACUGGAGUCACUAUUGAUCUUGCUGUUGACAGAAUACUCUCUCCUUUAAGAAGAAAAUCAUAUUUCAAGUCGCUUGAUCCUGAGGGUAGGGAAAAUGGCGCUGCCUCAGAAGUUGUAGAAGAACCAAUGAAUUGUAGCAUGGAGUCUGGUUCGAUGUUUCAGUCUGCAGAUGAUAUGGAAACAGAAGAAAGUUCUAGCACCGAGUUGUCAUUUCGUCUAUGUAUAACUGAUGACCGGGGCAUGUGCAGCAGCCCAAUUUCGAAUGAUACACAAAUAAAAUCCGGACCUGUUGUAAAGGUAUUUCUCGACUGGACCGAAAAAGAUCAUGAAUCAUUUGAUUCUAGCUAUCUAAAGGAUCUCCCUGUAGUACACAAAACUGGAGUUGCUGCGAAAAAAACAAAGCAAGAAGCUUUCUCCUUGUUUUCCUGUUUGGAGGCAUUCUUGAAGGAAGAGCCCCUGGGGCCCGAUGAUAUGUGGUAUUGUCCUAGCUGCAAGGAACAUAGACAAGCAACCAAGAAGUUAGAUUUGUGGAGACUUCCUGACAUACUUGUCUUUCACUUGAAACGUUUCUCAUACAACCGAUGGAUGAAAAACAAGCUCGAUACCUUUGUGAACUUUCCUGUUCACAAUCUAGAUCUAAGCAAAUAUAUGAAAAGUAAGAAUGCGUCUGAGGGCUCACAUGUGUAUGAAUUGUUUGCCAUCAGUAAUCAUUAUGGCGGCCUAGGUGGAGGCCAUUACUCUGCCCACUGCAAGCUAGUUGAUGAGAACAGGUGGUAUCAUUUUGACGACUCCCAUGUUUCUGCUGCUGCCGAAAGUGAUAUACAGACAUCAGCUGCCUACGUGCUCUUCUACCAGAGGGUUAAAGUGCAACAAAAUGGAUGUAGUGAACCAUCUAACAGUCAUACCGGGUGAAUGCUUCUGCGAAAUGGUCACCAUUUCCUGUAUUCCUUUUAUUCACAUUCAUGAAAAGACCAUCAACUGGAGCACGGUGGGUAUUGCACGCCACCUCGGUUUCCAAUGCAUGGUGCAACCGGUACAGAUGAUUCGGCUUUGAGGUUUCGUAUUAUUAUUGCAGUCUUGCUGAGCACAAGUAGAGGGAUAGACGAGGUUAGGAAGGAUUCUUAUUGGACUCGUAAGUUAAGAAUUGAAGUUAUUAUCGGGCAUAUUGAUAUUGUAGACUGGCACCAAUCUCUUGUCAAUUUUUCUAAUUUAUUAUUGAUGGAGUUUUUAACCAGACAAGAUGUUUCAAUACGGGGGUUUCAUUUCUUUAUAUUCAGACGAGGACACAAUAUCCAGGUAAGUUGUACAACUAAGUGUUGUGAACAAAAGACAAUGAUUAGCACAAUUGUAGAUGGGGGAAUGAUUGGG